AACCCCCCUCCCUCCCUACUAGAGAGAACUUUGGACGAAUGGUCGUAUGCACGACAUGAUGAUGUUUGUUUGUCCCUUGCAGUACACAUAUGCAUACAUGCGCACACAGCGACCGCGGGGAACGGUACAUGGUUCGCCUCGACUCGUCUCUAGGUUCGUUUGUACAAAUUCUGGACCAUCCUUAUCCGAUACCCAAGUAAUAAAAAAAAAGUAACGCGUCAUGAGUGGAUCGUUGAAUGACCCUCUUUUUUUUUUUUGGAGUGGUCAUACUACUGCUCGGUCGGCGUUUAGUAUCAACAACUUAUGCGGCUCUGUCUCAGAGCCGGAUCGAAGCAACUAGAACAAAAGCAAGGAGAGAGUUGUACACCAACAAUAAAGAUGAUAGGUCUACUCCACAACAAAAGAAAGGUAUGCAACGUGUGAUGACCAGUCUGGACCAUUUCGGACAAAAAGGCCAAAACACACUUUACUGAGCGAUAGAUAGAGAUGGACGGUGUAUGGAGAGGAAGGGAAGGGAUGAUGACGGGGAUUGAGGGAGGAACAAAUUUCAGGAGAAAACGCGAACCUGGCGAUUGAUGCAGCGGACACAAAUCGAACCAAUGGUGAUGUGUGGUUUCGAAAAUCCCGAGCUUGGGGGAUUGUAGGAUCUUUUUUUUUUUUUU